AUGCUCUCGCGAUUCGCGCUACGGCCAUCGCUUCUGAUUUCGCCGAGUGUUCGUCAGUUAUCCAAGUCGGUCCUGAAGACGGCCCGUAUGGGACGUAGCGGAGCGACCGGUAUUCACCGAUUCGGUGAACAAGCUGGAAUUGGUGUGCGUACUGGGAAAACGUUGAAGGAACGACUCUUAGGACCAACUACUGGAGCACCUUACAUUUACGGUACCUAUGCGCUGGCUGGAGCUUCUGUGUUAGGCGUU